CUUUUAAUGUGACCAAUGGCGUCAGUCCAGGGAAUCCAAUCGAAGUUACAGGUGUGUUUACAGCACAUGGGUGAAAACAUGGCGGAAAAAAGGCAGAAGCUGGAGCUGGCGUCUGAGAAGAAAAUUGACUGGAGAAAGGAAAAGCAAAAACGAAAAGAAGACCGAAAAAAAUGGAGGGAGGAGAAACUUUUAAAAAAAUUGGAAAGGAGCCAGCAACAACAGCAGCAGACAGAACAUGAGAAAGAAAUGAUGGUGAAUGAGGGGAAAACACCAAAAGGCCGUCAAUACACAGUGAGUGUGGUUUUACCAGGCUCUAUAAUGGAUAAUGCUCAGUCCCCAGAACUGCGCACCUACCUGGCUGGGCAGAUUGCUCGUGCUUGUGCCAUCUUCUGUAUAGAUGAAAUUGUUAUAUUUGAUGAAACAGGAGAAGGUUCAAAAAGUGUGGAAGGGAAUUUUGAAGGUGUUGGAAAGAAAGGACAAGCCUGUGUACAACUCGCACGUAUCUUACAGUAUUUGGAGUGCCCUCAGUAUCUGAGAAAAUCGUUUUUCCCAAAGCACCCUGACCUUCAGUUUGCUGGGCUUUUAAAUCCUCUUGACAGCCCUCACCAUGUGAGAAUAGAUGAAGAGUCUGAGUAUCGGGAAGGAGUUGUGUUGGAUCGUCCUACUAAGUCAGGCAAAGGGUCAUUUGUAAACUGUGGCAUGCGAAAGGAGGUUCAAAUAGAUAGACAGCUGCAGACUGGUGUCAGAGUUACUGUGAAGUUACAACAAGAAAAUGUGGAGCUAAAAGUACAGAAAGGAACUGUGGUCUCACCCCAACACCCAAGGACUGCAAGUGGCUUAUACUGGGGGUACAGAGUCAGACUGGCAUCUUGCCUCAGUGCAGUUUUUACUGAGUGCCCCUUUAAAGAUGGCUAUGAUUUGACAAUUGGAACCUCAGAACGAGGAAGUAGUGUGGAAACAGUGAGUCUGCCAGAUUUCAGGCAUGCAAUGAUUGUCUUUGGGGGUCUGAAAGGCUUAGAAGCCAGUGUGGAAAGUGAUCAGAACUUGGAUAUUGCAGAGCCCAGCAUUCUUUUUAAUCAUUAUCUAAACACAUGUCCAGACCAGGGAAGUCGUACAAUCAGGACUGAGGAAGCCAUUUUGAUCUCCCUUGCUGCGCUAAAGCCCAGGUUACAAGCUGCAAUCAAGAAAGCAAAUGAAGGCUAAAACCAUCUGUCCUUUCAUAGUCAACUACUUUUUCGGUAUAUUCCACUUUGUAUAUUCCAGGAAUGUCUAAGCUGUUUGCAGAUUUAAAGCACCCAUUAUGUGACUUAAAAUCUGAAACCAGAAGCCAUUUAAGCUGCUCGUGUUCUGGUUAUUAGGUAGUAACAUUUGUUUUCUGCCAAAGGUUACAGUUAGCUUGUGGCUUUCCAUCUUCUAUUAAACUACUACUCCCAGCAUCCUUAGAAUUUGCAGUUGCAGAUUGGCUCAACAUCUAGAGGGCAGCAUAUGAAGUUCGGUGUGCUGAAGAUCUGUGUUUUUUAGCUAAAUUAUAAUAAGUAAAAUACACCAUCCAUUAAAAUAUUUUAUUACAAUUUUCAA